AUGACGAAGAUAGCAUUAGUUUUAAAGGACUUAGAGGAAAUUGAUUAUUCAGAACUACAGGAACAAGUGCUUCGAAAAGUGAUCUUACCAAUUGUAAAUAAGAGCUCAGUGCUUGAUAUAAUUCUAUUGGAUGCUUUUGAAGAUUCUGUUCAUCUAGAUGACGUUUUGGGUAGACUUUACAGUGCCAGCAGAGAUGUGCUGGUGUCCAAAGGUUUGGAGCUGCAGCCAAUAAAUGUGCUCUUUGGAAGCGAAUGGAGUGAGAGUGAACACAGAAAGGAUUAUAUAUGGAGUUAUUUAGUUACAGAGGAAGGUGCUGAAAUAACUGGAUAUAAAUAUGAAAACCAUAUUCAAUAUCAAAAAUUGAAGAUCUCACAUAACACUAUCCCUCACGGAUCGCAACCUGAUGGGAAUCGUUACAAAGUUAGUGCACUAGGUGGCACAUUCGAUCAUCUGCAUGAUGGUCACAAAAUAUUACUCAGUGUUGCUUCAUACUUAACUUCUCAAAGACUAAUUGUCGGUGUUACAGAUGAGGAACUACUGGUGAAUAAAAAAUACCAAGAAUUUCUAGAGGAUUUCGAAGAAAGAUGCAAUGGAGUUAAUAAGUUUCUGCAGUUAUUGAAACCCUCUUUGAAAAUGGAAGUAGUCGCCAUUAGAGAUGUCUGUGGUCCUACUGGCACAGUACCUGAGAUUGAAUGUCUUAUCGUAAGUCGAGAGACUAUUGGCGGGGGUGAAGUAGUUAACAAAACUAGGGCUAGUAAAGGUAUGAGCCAAUUAGAUAUCUACGUCGUAAAUGUAUUAGGUGGUCAAGAAGAUGAUGGCUGGAAGGAAAAGAUCAGCAGUACUGAUAUCAGAAAACGGUUGGCUUCAUCGACCUAA